UCGUCAAGAAACUGACUGAGCACGCGCCGGUUCUCAUCCCGGUGUACGGAAACUUCUACGUCCCUUCCACCACUCCGAAUUUGGCGGGAAAUCCGGUGCUACAGAUAGAUGGUGAUGGCGUUAGUGUUUUGAGUGUCGACGUUGCCGGGUUUUUCCAGAGAUUCGAUGAUUUAUUGCAAAUGGGUUUCGGAUUCGCUUCGUCGAUCUACGAUCGUCGGAAUUCCAGCGGAUCGCGAAUCCUCCCUGGCUGGGCAGCGACUGAGGUGCGGAGGGUGGAAUUCUGGACAGACGUGGCGGAGAGAAGGAAGAGGAUGGCGGCGCGUGAGACCCCUCGAGGGUGGUGGAGCGCGUCACCCAACCAGUGUUUAAGGGCGCGUUUGGACGACGCGUUCUGGACGCUAAGAGACGGAGGCUGGAGAGAAGAUGAGGUCCGAGAUAUGCUGAACGGUCACGAUUCGUCUCAGGCGUUAUCGCCUGCGGGAUGGUAUAGGGAAGACGUGGCGUACACCAUCGGUCGCAAAUCGCGCGACUGCGAUGCCAGCCGCAACCGCAGCGAUAGCGUCGUAGAUCGAAAUUUAUGUACGGAAACACGGCAGUUUUUGUCGACGAGCUGUUGUGUGGAUGAAGAAGUCCAUCAGAAGAAGUGCGGCGAGAUCACGACGUUGAUGUAUCUUCUCUCUCUAGAGGCGUGAUUUCUGACCGUUGGAUCCAGAACAAACGGCCGAGAUUCGUUCAUAUUGCUCGA